AUAAUAGGGAGGGGUAAUUUUCUUUGUAGUAAGGAGUUUUUUUUUUUUAAAAAAAAAAUCAUAGAAUGAAGCAAAAAAUCUGAAAAACACAAUGCGGUGAGGAUGGAGCAAAUAUAAAGCUACCCACAACUCCCACAAGCCACAGAUGUUGUUGUGCAGACUUUGAGAGAUAGAUGGAAGCCGACCGUUGACCAUUUUCAUUAAAACAAAUUUUAAAAUCUAACUCAAUUCAGCAUCUGCCACUUUAUUUUAUUUAUUUUUCAGCUUAAGAAUUACCAUUUCCAAUGAAUUUAUUUAUAUAUUCAACCUAUUAUACACAAAAAUAACCUCCUAUCUCAAUUCAUAUCAUAUCUAUCAUAUCCCCUUGAAAAUUAGCAAGGGAUCUUUUGCUUCAUUUCCUUCCUUUUCACUUUCAUUUUUAUACGAGUAACAAAAGAGGGGCUCACUGAGUCACACCGAGUCAAUCAUUUAUCUUUUUAAUCCCAUGAUUCUUCCUUCUGUUUUGUCUUCUAUGUUGGCAUCAUCAUCAGAUCCACUUUUUCCCUCUCCUAUAAAACUAGAUUAACAACCUUUUUCUUUCUUUCCUUAACCAAAAUUUAACACAAAAACAAAAUUAUUAUGGGAACUGGUUGGAGAAAAGCCUUCUGUUCAACAAUCCCAAAAGAUAGAGAAAAAGAAAGGCCUACUCAUCGCCAUCAUCAUAACAACAAUGAUGUUGUUGAUGUUCAUCCAAUUUCUACUCCUACUCCCAAAACCUCUAAAUUAAGCUUAUUUUCUAGUAUAAGCAAUCCUUCUACUCCUAGAUUACGAGUUCGAACCUCAUCAUCCACCACUGUUGACAAAACCACCGCUACAACAGCUGGUAACAACAACAAUGGUGGUAGCAAGAGUGUCGGACCGAGCCCGAAGGUCCAAUGCAAGUUGGGGUCUAACCCUUCUUCUCCUCGCUCUCCUUUCGCCAUGCUUAAGAACACUCUUCGUCUUACCAAGAAUGGAUGUGGAUUGUGUAUGCAGAGUGUAAAAACAGGACAAGGGAUGGCAAUUUACACGGCGGAAUGCUCACACGCAUUUCAUUUUCCAUGUAUAGAUGCCCAUGUGAGGAAGCAAGGUUCCUUGAUAUGUCCAGUAUGUAAUAUCACAUGGAAAGAUGUCCCUCUUCUCUCUUUCCACAAGAACAACCCUUCGGAGGCGGAAGAGAUUGUCGAUAAGAAAACCAUUACCACCACCACUACUGCUAAAUCCUCGGCCAUGAGCGCUCCCGCUACGCCAACCGGGAGCGCCAGGAUUCAUUUCGAGGAUAAGCGAGUACAAUCACUCAAAAGAUCAUCAGACAGACCAUACAAUGACGACGAGCCGCUUCUAUCUCCUCGGUUCAACCCCAUACCAGAAGCUGAGGAAACAGAGGAUACCGAAGAAUUCCAAGGCUUCUUUGUUACUCCGAAGAAACCGCCCGUCAGUAACAGCACUAAAUCAUCCUCAAUUGAUCCAUACAACUCUGUUGACAAGAGAGCACCACGACAUGUAGAAGUGAAAUUGUUGCCGGAGGCUGCGGUUGUUUCGGGGUCUCGGACUCACGAGACGUACGCGGUGGCGUUGCGAGUAAAAGCGCCUCCGACCCCGGAGGCGAUUUUAUCUCCAACCCACCGCGCACCAAUUGACCUCGUUACGGUCCUUGAUGUUAGUGGCAGUAUGACAGGGCCUAAGCUCCAAAUGUUGAAGCGUGCCAUGCGACUUGUCAUCUCCUCGUUGAGCUCCGCUGAUCGAUUAGCCAUUGUUGCGUUUUCCUCAGCGCCUCAGCGACUGCUGCCGCUGCGAAGAAUGACUUGGCAGGGGCAGAAAUCUGCGCGCAAAAUCAUCGACCACCUUAGUUGUGGCCAAGGUACAUCCGUUGGAGAAGCGUUAAAAAAAGCGUCAAAAGUUUUAGAGGAUCGGAGAGAGAAAAACCCGGUUUGUAGUAUCAUUCUUUUAUCCGACGGUCAAGAUGAUCCGCCAAGUUCAAAUCAACGGCAGAGAGCGUCUCAAAUGUCAUCGACCCGGUUUGCUCAUAUUGAGAUCCCGGUUCAUUCUUCCGGGUUCGGGUUUCGAACUCCUGAACCGAAACAAGACGCGUUUGCGAAAUGUGUGGGUGGUUUGUUAAGUGUUGUGGUUCAGGAUUUACGGGUUCAACUCGGGUUUUCUUCGGGUUCAGCUUCGGCCGAGAUAAUGGCGGUUUAUUCGUGUAAUGGUAGACCGAGUUUAAUGAGCUCUGACUCGGCUCGGCUUGGGGACUUGUACGCCGAAGAGGAGAGAGAAUUGUUGAUAGAACUGAAGGUGCCUAUGUCAGCGAUUGGGUCCCACCAUGUGAUGUCUGUGCGUUGCAGUUAUAAAGAUCCGGUGACUCAAGAGGUGAUGUAUGGGAGGGAGCGGGCCCUACUGGUCCCACGACCCCACGCCAUCCGAUCCUCUGAUCCGAGAAUUGAACGGCUACGGAACCUUUUCAUUUACACCCGAGCCGUAGCCGAGUCAAGACGACUAGUUGAGCACUACGAUUUUAGUAGUGCUCACCACCUUCUCACCUCGGCUCGAGCCUUGGUGUUACAAUCCUCGGCUAAUGGGUUAACCUCAGCUGAGGAGUACGCUAGAGGGUUAGAGUGUGAACUGGGGCAUGUGCACUGGAGGAGGCAGUAUCAAGUACAAAAGGAGCAAGAGGCAGCUAAUGUGGCCCAGCAAAUGGUGGAUGAAAAUGGUGAUCCGCUUACGCCGACAUCGGCUUGGCGAGCGGCUGAGCAGCUGGCUAAGGUGGCUAAAAUGAAGAAGUCCUUGAACCGGUCUGUUAGUGAUUUACACGGCUUUGAAAAUGCCCGGUUUUAAUUUUAUUUUUUUUGUAAAGUAAAAAAAAAAAAAUUAAAUGAGAAAAAGAUGAAAGAGGGUGUGGUGGGCACAUGAUGAGAGAGAGACAAAGGAAGUACCCGACGGCGCGGGCCUUUAUUCAGCAGAAAGAGACGAAGGCCCACAGUAAAAUCAUUUGGAUUUUGGGCCUUUUUAAAAGGAAUUGAGGGGACCUUACCUUGUCUCUUUUGUUUUUUUCUUUUUUUUUUUUUUUUUUUUUUUUUUUUUUUUUUUUUUUGGAAUUUGUAAGGUUUAGUAGAAGGUGAAAAGAUAAUCCAAUUUGUAAUGAGUACAUUCAUUUUUACUCAUCAAAGAAAGGAUAGUUGUAAAUUCAAUGAUGGAAGCCUUUUCUUUAA